GCUGAGAGCGCUUUCUUUAAGGUCCUUUUUAGUCUUCAGGAACAUUUAAGUAGAUGAAUGAAGAGAGGAUUUAUGCUAGUUUCCCUUCAUUUUUGUUGACUCUGCCUGCUUUUUUAUAACUUUUGUCUCCUGCAACAAAAUCUUUUCAGCUCUUGGGGCUUGCUGAAUAUAUAAUCACAAGCUGAUUCCAGCCCAUGGAGAAGUGCACAUGAGAACAGGAUAAAUAUGGCUUUUAAGGGCGAGGACCACUUAGAUUCCCUUUCCUUCCCAGUUCAGCGCAUGCACCUAAUCCAGGUGGACUCUGUUCAGCGAUGGAUGGAGGACCUGAAGCUGAUGACAGACUGUGAAUGUAUGUGCAUUCUCCAGUCCAAGCCCAUCAGCAUUGAGAAGGAUGAACAAAAUGAACUCAUCCUCUCCUCACAGUACAGCACUUGUGAUAACUUGCAGCUCCUGCUGAAGAGAGCUUGGAUCAUCAGCACUGAGCUGACCAGGAUUGCUCAGAAGCUGGAGAAGAACAGGUGGCAGAGGGUCCACAGCAUGACAGUGAGAGUCAACUGCCACGUGCACUCCAUGAUAAACGAGUACAACACCUCCUCCAGGAGCUCUUCAGAGGAAAUGCACCAGCUUGAAAAACUCUUAAUAGACAAGUGUUCAGAAUUUACAGCAUUCACAGAAAGGUGCUUACAGACUGAAGAUGAAGAGAUACUGAAGUCCAUGAAAUCUUGUGUUAACGAAACACUCACGACCGUGGCCCAAUAUUUUGGCCAGUUGAUAGAGCUGGUUUUAACACAAGAGGCACAGAACCUGCUGAGGCAGAUAGAGCUCUCUGGCAGCCUGUACGUGACAGAGUCGGCCAUCAGCAGUUUGUUCAGCCUUGCCCAGGAAGGGGCUCGCCUCUGCCGCAUCAUAGCCAAGGAAGGAGGUGUUGUUGUUCUCUUCAAGAUCUGUCGCCAGGAUUGUUUCAGGUGCCUUUAUCCCCAGACCCUGAGAACGCUGGCAUCAAUUUGCUGUGUAGAGGAAGGGAUGCACCAGCUGGAAAAGGUGGAUGGGAUACUGUGCCUGGCUGACAUCCUCACUGAUACCAGCCAUUCUGAAGCCACCCAUGCAGAAGCAGCAGCAGUAAUUGCCCAGAUCACAUCUCCACAUCUCACAUUCACUCAGCAUCUCAGCAGCUUCCUGGAAAAUAUGGAAGAAAUUGUGACAGCACUUGUCAAACUGUGCCAAGAAGCCUCAUCAGGUGAAGUUUUCCUGCUGGCUUCAGCAGCUCUUGCCAACAUCACUUUCUUUGAUACCAUGGCUUGUGAAAUAUUGCUCCAGUUAAAUGCAAUGAAGAUUCUCCUGGCAGCGUGCUCAGACAAACACAUAGUGGAUACUCCAUAUUCCCGGGAUCAGGUGGUAACAAUAUUGGCAAACAUGUCUGUGUUGGACCAGUGUGCUUCAGAAAUCAUUCAAGGAAAUGGUGUUCAGCUUUUAAUGGAGAUGCUCUUUGAGAAAUCCUCCUCUGGAAACCCAGCAGAAGCUGCAGCUUGUGAGCGAGUGCAGCAGAAAUCUGCGGUGACCCUGGCACGGCUCAGCCGGGAUCCCGAGGUGGCAGAGGCAGCUGUAAAACUCAGCUGUAUUCCUCGCCUGAUUAAACUUUGCAGAUCACCAACAGAAAGAAAUAACAGUGAUUCUGUCUUAGUGGCAUGUCUGGCAGCCCUGAGGAGACUGGCAGUGAUGAGUCCUGAUGGGCUGGAGGAUUCAGAUUUUCAGCAGCUGGUAAAGCCCAGACUCGUGGAUUCUUUUCUGCUGUGCACAAAUAUGGAAGAGAGCUUUGUAUAAAUGGGAGCCAAAAACCUUUGAACAAUGAUGAAGGUGAUGGGUACACAGUAAGAUAGCACAUGUACAAUUUUAUUUUGGUUUAGUCCUAUUGUUAUUUAUGACUUAUUUAUUCUAAACCCAUGAACAUGUGGUUUGUCAGAGCAAAGGCAGAAAACUUGUUACUGUGGUUUGCAAAGGUAAUUUUUUAUUUCAUUUUCCUGCCAAGACACACAAUACCUUAUCAUUGCCAUCUAGCAAAAUGUUUUGUUUAAUAUAGUUGAAUUAAGGUAAUGAAGCCAAGAACUUUUUGCUCUGAUGUUAAAUGCUUCUGAUGAUGUUUUUUCACUGAUAUUUUUCUAUAGUUAGGACAUUUUGUAGUUUUUUUAAGAAAUGUUUUAGCCUCACCUGUAUUAGGAGAAAAAUAAUCCUAAAAGCUGCAAGUAUAUACUUUGAAAUGAAAGGGAUGUUACAGUCUGAGUCCAGUUCUUAACUGUUAUAUUUUAAUAGAAUUUUGUAACUGAGGGAAAAAUUACCAAAAAAUGUUCAAAGACUGGCUUCAAAUGAUGCUUGAAUACAUUCUUAGGCUGUAUAAAGAUGUGUUCCAUCAGAGGAUACACAAUAACAGAAAGCUCUUUAUUUACAUUGACUGAAAUUUCCUAAAGAAAUCCAUAGAAUUCUAGAAAAAUCUUGGAUGGUGUAUGUUUUAUCUCAUAAUGUAAAAUUUUCCUCCUAUGAUUUAAAACCAUUACACAGUGACAAUUUUCUCUCCUUUCCAAGCCUUACAAGAACUGGAAGUGGUAAUGUCCAGACAUGUUUUUACCAUUCAAGCUACUGUUUUUGUGAAAAGUUGUUCACACCUAUACUAAAUAACCUGAAGAGUUUAAUUAAUUGUAACUUGAAUUUUCAUUUUUCUGGCUUGCUAACUAGUUCUGUAUUUUUAAAACUUUAAUGGGACUCUUAGGAGCUGUGGGAGUUGAGAAAUGGAUGAUAAGCUAAAUAACAGAUGUUAUUUUGAAAUCAACUUUUUUUUUCCAUGAGCAUUCUUCUUAAUUCUUUCUUUUUCCUUUCAUUGAAAAACUACAUCUAUUGAAAAUUACUCAACCAACAAUAUCUGGUGGUGGUUUUUUUUUUCCUUGAUUUUUCUCAAAGCACUCUGUAGAUUAUGAAUAAAGUUGUAAUUUUUUUUUCAUGGCUUCCAAACAUUGCUUUGGAUCAUUUUAUGAGCAGCAACAUCAAGGUUCUAGGAUAUCUGCCAAAACCCCCCCACAUUCUUUUCUUGCUGUAUUUUGUAGAUAUAUUAAGCAGCUUAAUUAAUUAAUGUUUCUUUAGUGUUAUGUGGUGUUUGGACGAAAAGCACCAGGAAAUUGUGAAGCUGUGAUUGCCUUCCACAUCUUCUGUAUAUAAGAAACCUUCAAGCAGUGAGACAAAGGUGGUUACUUUUUUCUCCCUUGAUUUUAUGAGUUAAGAAGUCUCUGCCUUAAUGUCUUUCUUGUGACUUCUCCAUAUAAUCAGCUCUAUCUUGACUGAAUUUUAAAACCUUACAAAAAUUACAAUAACCUCUGUCAUGAGCAGCUAUUCAAAGGAAAGUGUUGGAUCAGAUGUUCUAGUAAGCACAGAGAUGAAUUCUGAUUUUUUGCUUAUUUUGAGACAACUUCUUAAGUUUCCAAGAUUGUUAAAAUGCAUGGUACUGUAAAGCUUUAAAAGUAUUGUAUUAUUGAUGGACUUCAACAUUUUUCUUCCUAAGCAGAAAUACAUGUGUGAGCCAUGGUUGUCUUGGUAGAAACAAUAAAUUAAUAAAUUUCAUAAAAAAACCUAAUAAAAAAAUCUUGUUAUCAUUAUGAUAGCAUGGCAGUCCCUGAUAAAACACAUCAAAUUCUGUACUAAAUUUCUGUACAGAACUUCAUUCUGUCAGCUUCAGCUAACAGCAGAGAUCGGAGUUUCUAGAUGGAGUAGGGUUUAUCCCAUAAUAGGUAAAUUUAAAAUCUCAUUUAAAGAAAUUUUCCACACAUGCAUAGUGAACUGAAAGAGCUAUUAAGAAGAUGCCAUCAUGGCUCAUAAUGUUUUAAUGUAAUUUCUAACAGAUCAAUCAAAUAUUCAGUGAGCAGGUUGGUAACAACUAAUUUUCUCUUAAAUACAGGAAUGUGAACCCACAUUGAUUGAAUUUACUACAGAUACUCUCAAUCUGCAAUAUGGGUCCAUAAUUCUAGGCCCAUAUUUUCCAUUUAAAUGUGUUCAUAUUACAGAUGUGGCUGUUUAUAUUACAGAAGAAGAGUACUUUUAGGUGAAACUCCUAUUUGCAGCAGAAAAUAUAUCUUGAAAGAGCCAUUUCAGCUGAUCUCUUGUCACCUAAGUGUCCUCAAAAGCAUUUUAGGCUUUGAUUUUUUCUCCUAGAGCUGUGCACUUUAUUUUGGUAUAUGCUAAAGUUUAUGGGAAAAUAAA